GAACAUUCAUACGGCUAUAAAGAUGCAUGCAAAUUGAAUUUUUAAUUUAUUUUUUGUCUUAGUAGGAAUAGGACUUUUAUUUUUGUAUCGUAUUUACACCAAAACCCUGGCAACAUUCACUCACAAUUUCUUUCUAGUUUUUGACAGCUUUCAAAGCUAAAGGCUGAGCCAUGGCACCAAGGAAAAACAAAGUUCAGAAAGAGGAGGUCCAGGUUACUCUGGGCCCUCAGCACUUGGUGGGUGAGACAGUGUUCGGUGUAGCUCACAUUUUCGCCUCCUUCAAUGACACAUUCGUGCACGUUACCGACCUGUCUGGCCGGGAAACCAUUGCCCGUGUCACCGGUGGCAUGAAGGUGAAGGCUGACCGUGACGAGGCCUCACCCUACGCCGCUAUGUUGGCCGCUCAGGAUGUUGCUGAGAAGUGCAAGACUCUUGGCAUCACUGCCCUACACAUCAAACUGCGUGCCACAGGAGGCAACAAGACCAAGACACCCGGACCUGGUGCUCAGUCUGCUCUCCGUGCCCUGGCUCGUUCCAGCAUGAAGAUUGGCCGCAUUGAGGAUGUGACCCCCGUGCCUUCAGACUCUACCCGCAGGAAGGGUGGACGACGAGGACGCAGGCUGUAAUCUGUUAGUUUAAGCAUACUGUGGGCUUUGAAUAAAGGAGUUUACGGUA